CUCAGGUGUGUGUGUGUUUAUCCCCCUCCUAAGAAGUGCAGUCCGGACACGCGCAGGCUCGGGAGCCCGAACGUCGUGCUCGUCUCCCCGUCCCUCAGCUUCGGAUGCGACUGUUGCAUUCAUUCGGUCUGAUCGGGUUCAUCGGGACGUCAAAGUCCGGUCGAAAAACGAAACGUGCGCGCAAAAACCCAAAGACGUUUUUUUUUUUGCCCCCAACGCAGCCAAAUUUCACUUUCUUUCAUCACUAUUCUCGUGAUCUCGUCAUCGUCAGACGGGGAACAAGCGUGGAGCCACACAAGCAGAUGCCGUUCUGAUGAGAGCGUGUAGUGGAUCUGAGAGUUGAGACUGAUGAGGGAGCUAAUGAUGGAGUCAGGACCAUGGACAGGGGCAGAUCCUCGCUGUCUCUCCCUGUCAUACUUUGAAAUAAGCCUGACAGGCGUUAUGUCUUGCAUUUUAAAUAAGCCACACACUGAAGCCACUCCUAUAAUAAUAAUAAUAAUUAAUAAUAAUAAUGCCUUCAGGUUAUGUGCUCUAUACAGCAGUAAAAUGACACCGUGUUGCUUGAUGCCUGGCACCUCAGCCAUGUCCUUGAUGAUGUCACCGUCACACUAAAGACACAGCUGCCUUAGUUAUCAUCAUAAUCAUCUUAUUACAGCAGGACACCGCUCCUACUUUGGUGAACUUCAGCCCGCUCAUUGUAGACUUUGUGGUGAGCUAGUGAAGCUGCGGUUGUAGUUGCGUCUAAACAUGAGGUUUCUUUCACGCGAGCAGAUUUUGGCAGAGCGGCCCUGAUUCCUUCCCUCCGACUGCACGUUCACGUGGCGAACCAGGGCGCGUUUCAAGUCCAGGGCGCGUCAAUUGUCCCGGCCCGUUUACACGUGAAGCGGCUGCUGCAGUUUGUAGCCGUCAGCGAGUCUGUCGGGUAGCAGCACUGCUUCCUCCCCGGGACCAUGUUAACACAGGCUCCUGCUGCGGUCUGUUUGUGCUGCAUUCCAUCAGCUUCUGCCAGCGCCCCCUCUCCCCGCUCCCUGCUCCAGUCUUUCAUUGUUGAGAAGCACAUCUCGGAGGCUGGCGCACACGGAGCGGCUGGAGAAACGCUCUCCCUCCUCCUCCUCCUCCUCCUCCAGCUCCGCUCCCUCACUCGCUGAUCUUCCACCUAGAUGUCGUGGAAAUUUCACUGCUUUGUCAGCGCCGUCCACAUUUCCGUGAUUCGGAGACCGCCGGACUCAUCCGGCUUGGCAAUGAACGGGAAGAAUUCUUCCCCUAAUGGCAGAAAAGCAGUUUUAUUAUGAAGGGAUGAAAAGGGAGCGCUGACAGUAUGAAAAUGGCUUCAAGAGCUACAGUAGGAGACCGAAAAGGAGACGUUGGUUUCCACAACCUCCAGGAGCUGAGGCACAGCGCAUCGCUGGUAACCAAGGCCUUCAUACAGAGAGACUACAGCGAGGGCACCGUGUGCCGCUUCCAGGCCAAGUUCCCCUCAGAGCUCGACAACCGGAUCGAACGGACCCUGCUGGAGGAGACGGUGAAGACCCUGAACGGCUACUACGCCGAGGCCGAAAAGGUCGGCGGCCGCUCGUACCUGGAAGGAUGUCUGGCCUGCGCCACGGCCUACACCGUCUUCUUCUGCAUGGAGACGCGCUACGAGAAGGUGCUGAGGAAAAUCUCAGGCUUCAUCCAGGAGCAGAAUGAGAAGAUCUUCGCUCCCAGAGGCCUGCUGCUCACAGACCCCAUAGAACGAGGCAUGAGGGUCGUAUCCUUCGCUCCUCUACCCCUGAGCACGGGGCAGAAAGCUGGAGAUCAGCAUCUUCGAGGACCGCGCCUCCGGCAGCUCCAGCCCCAGCAGCAGCACGUCGUCGGCGGGCGGCGCCCGGUGACUGGAGGGGCAGCGCCAGGCGUACGGGUACCACCACAGGGGCAGCGGCACGCUCACCAGCAUCCGCAUGCUGAAACAUGAGAGCACCAGGUUCUAAGCGGCAGAAGGAGGUGAUCCACGGCACCGGCGCCGCUGCGGGAGCGCGCGGCGGCUCCCGCGCUCCAGCCUCGCCUUCCAGAGCCAAAUAAUGGCGGCUUAUUUUGUAUCAUUUUUACAUUCUCCCAUUUUCUCCCAUUCCGUCGCAUCUGUUUCCAUCUCACGCCACUUCUCUGCAGGCUUAGUCUUAAUUAGACCACGUGCUCGGGCGCUUCCAUGGGGGUCUGUCGAUCACUCGUUAGACGUUCGUUAUUAUGUCGGCUUACGGUCUCUGCAGCCGUUCUGAAUGUGGAAGUAGAGAAUCCAGCAGCCUCCUGGGAGGCCCGGUGCUCCUCUUUCCCACCGGCUGCUCGCAUUCAUGUCAGGUGGUUGGGGUCGAGGUGCUUUGAAAAGCAAAUUGGGCCUGCGCUGGGACCGGUUCUUCUUACGCUCGCUUCCCGUGCAUUUGGCUUCGGUACCGAACUGCUAACACAGAGCACCUUGGAUUGUUUAUCCUUGUGAUUCACAUAAGUGGAUACUGGUGAUCCGCAUCCCAGCUGUAGGCCACGCUCCUACAGUACAGGCACACAGGCCCGUGUGGUCCAUAGUGGUAAAGCACACGUGCAUCACACCUGCAGCAGAACAGCCCAUAAUCUGGCAGACGUGGUGCUGGCGUUGACGUUCUCUGGUCCCGGGCCCGGCUGCAGCGGGUUCAUCAGCGAGGAUCGCUGCCAUAAAUUAGAACCAAGCACAGCAUGACACGUUUUAUUAAUGUGUCAGAGAAUCAACCCACACAGAGCUCAUUACCUGAGCCUUUAUCAUUCUGUCUCUGCGUCUCCAUGCGCUCAUCAACGUGCAGGCAGAGAUGCCAGAGUCAGUUUAUGUCCAUUUGUCAGUUGUUUCUUGCUCUAGGGUCAAAAUAAAAAGUGAAGCUGGUCUUUUUAGGCUGUUAGUAGCUUUUUUUCCAAACCUUACUGUCGCUUCUCCGUUGCAGUAUCUUGAGUAGAUUCACCCCGAGAAGCAUAAAACUGUUUUUGAGAAGCCUGGUCCAUCGUGUGUGUGUGUGUGUGUGUGUGUGUGUGUGUGUGUGUGUGUGUGUGUGUGUGUGUGUGUGUGUGUGUGUGUGUGUGUGUGUGUGUGUGUGUGUGUGUGUGUGUGUGUGGAGGCUGAGGAGACAAAGAUGAUCAUUAUGUAGCAGUGUUGAUGCCGGUAGACAGCACACCCACAUAACAUCUAACAAAAGACAAGACUUACUGCAAAAACCUGCAACUCUGAUUCACCGUCACGCAUAUUUUAUUUCUGUUGCCACAGUUUCUUUUUGUUUUACCUUUUUUAUUUUAUUUUAACCAACCUCACUCCAUGUUUUCUCCUGCAAGUCUUUCCUUUCGUUUAUCCUCUAAACCCGUGCGCUCCUCUUACCAGUGCGGUGUCCGGUUGAAGUUAAACCCAAACAUCUUGGACCGAUGAGAUGAACACAUACAGGACGUCUCACAGAAGCAGAGCUGGGUCCAGUUGUGCUCGUGUUCACCCUCCUGUGCUUUUUGAUGCCUUCAUGUUUCACCCCAGUGGAGUGGAUACCCAGCCUGGAGCUGACGUACUGUACCGACCAAUGUAAAACUGCCGAUGAGCAAACAGAAGUCCAUAGUCUGAAAACACGAUGGACGUCUAUGAAGAGAACUUACUGUACAUUCUUAACAGUGUUGAUCCACACUGGCUACGUGACUGUACUGUAAAUGCCAUGUUGCUGUUCAAUCCUUACCCAUCGCUGCCAUUCGCAGCUGUAGAAGCUGGUUUUCUGUGCAGCCAUGUAGUAACUUGUGUCAAAUGAAAAGAGCGCUUUGUUUUGUUCUCACGGUGUUUGCAAUGUACGUGUGUUUAUAAUAUGAUCGACAAUGACGAUGUCAGUUACGGUUGUGGAAUUGAACGCGAUGCUUCUCAGGGGACGUUCAGUCGGUUUCAACUCUUGUAAAAUAUUUUCAUCAUGUCCCAAAUGCAACGGCUGAACCUGUAAAUCACCCUUUUGCUAAAUAUAUAUAUAUAUAUAUAUUCUAGUAGAGUAGGAACUGUAAAAUGAAGCCCGGUUGUGCCAUUUUAUGAGGCAUUACUCGUGCAUUGAUGUGUAUGUGGUUUACAUGGAGCCAAUGACUAUCCUGGCUGUCAGGAUAACCUGUGCUCCACAACAUGUGUGUGGACGAGAAGCAGACCCUGACGAUGUACAGUCCAUUUCUUCUGUGUUUAUCCUCUACCGUGUUGUUCAGACGCUCCACGUACCGUGCGCUGCUCUGUUUGAAGCGACAGUUUAUUCAUAGUGCAAUAUGACGUCUUCCUAAGGAUAUAAAAGAGGAUGAGGAGCCUUUGUACCAGCCUCCCUGAGUUCUGAGCCGCUCUGCUUCGGGGACGGGAAAACUGCGUUUAUGUUUAAUGCUGCAUGAUCUGUGUGUAAACAAAGCGAGUACCAGAUGACAAGAAGUCAAAAUCCCCGAUCAACCGGGCUCCUGGGAGCCGCGCUGCCGAGAUGAGAGGCGAAUUCAUAUCUUAUCUUGAUUCUAUUUAGGUGUUUACAUGGGAUUAUUUAUAUAGAAAUGUAAUGAAUUCAUGUAUUGUCUUUUCUCAACACUGAUUAUUAUUCAAAGCCAGAGGAGACGUGUUUCCAGGAGUUAAAUAAAGUGUGGUACUAAGUUGA